UUCUACCCAUGUUUUCUCCAAAAAAUCCUUUUUUUAUAUAUAUUACCAGAUUGCGUGUAACUGCAGCCUAUUGCUUGAAAUUUCAAGCUGCUGAUUAAGUUUGUUUCUUUAAAAGAAAGCUUUACUGCAUCUCUAGAUAGACUGAAGGUCUUUCUAUCGUCUUUUCCCACCAGUAGAAGAUAAACCUGAUCGUGAACCUUUUCCCACUGGCUGUUGAAUGUUUGACUCUAGUGGGUGGAACUGCAGCACCGCAAGAACAGCAUUGCUUUGCAUACUGUCUCCAGAUUACACAGAAGACAGGUGUGAAACCCUGUGUUAGCUUUUCCACUGAACACCACCGGACACACUGAGACACAUUCGGUUAUUGACUGAGACACUGAACAUUCAGCGGCUUCUGGACUUGGAUUAGAGACUUCAGAUCACAUUUGGAUGAUGGCGUUUUGGCUACAGAUGGGUUUCCUGAUCGCCAGCCUCACAUCUUCAGCGGUGAGAGGGCGAGUGGAGAAAGAGCUGUCUCCAGAGUGCAGGGAGUUCCUCUACAUGGGAACCCCACCGAAAGCCCUGGACCUCCCCUCCGUCAAGUACAUCUGUCAGUUUUACAACAAGAAGCCGCGCUACGUGACUCUGUACAGCACUGAGGAUCACAUUCCGAUCUACUCCGCCUACACCUUCAAGCGCUCGGACGGGGAGAAGUGUGUGGAUGUUCCCUGGAUGUAUGAGCCACAGUUGUCCACUUCUUUUGACACAGGUGAGAUGCAGCCGUUUCCACGCAACUACAUGCACAUGAACUUUGAAGACACCCAAGCGAUUCUGGACGACUACACCAACGCCAUACAAUACGAGCGAGGGACGCUGAACCCGGACGAGCAUCAGAACGAACCCGAUGACAAGGCCUCCACUUACACCCUCACCAACGUCGUCCCCAUGGUGCCCGACUUCAACGACAGGAUCUGGACCAAACAGCAGCAUAUCGUCCGCAAACGGCUUAACAACUACUGCCGCGGGACAGCCUACGUAGUGACCGGGAUCACCAAGUCAGGGACGAUGAUCCGCAGGGAAAACAUGAACCGCAUCGCAGUCCCCGACUACCUGUGGUCGGCUUACUGCUGCGUGGACUAUGACCACAACACGCCUUACACGGAGCGAUACAAGUUCCCGUCUUUUGCUCACUACGCCCUCAACGGGGACGAGAACAACGAGGUGGUAGAGACCUCCGUCCCGAAGCUCAGGGAGUUUCUCAGAAAGUCGUUUGUGAACCAGAACUUUCAGAUUUUUGUAGGAGACUGCAAACCCCAACCAUCCAUGAGAAGUGAUUAGGAAAAGUAUUUUUGAAAUGAGGUAGAUAGAUUGUAAAUUUGAAGAAUAAAUAAAGCUCCACUGUUUCCAAAACACAUAGUGUACAGCUUACCAGACUAAAAUAUAAGCAAAUAAACAGAAUUGAAUCAUGAACUAUAUAUAUUUGUGUUUGUUCUAAACACACAUAUUAAUUGUUGGCAUAACAAAGUGGUUGCAGAACUUUCUUUUUCUAAUUAAAGUUCCUCAAGAAAAAACCAAGAAAGAAAAUGACUGACAAGACAUAUUAGGAGUUACGUUCAUGGACUAGAUCAAACCACCACUCAUACAAAUAAAGUUCCCCAACAUUCCCACUUAAUAAAAACAGAGCAUAAAAGUGAAGUAUGAGGUUGGCUUUUCUACUUUUGCACUUCCACAGCUCAUUAAUCAGCAAAAGGACACCAGCCAGAGAAGGAUAGUAAAAGGAGAUAUUUAAGCAUGGGUCAUAAAAGAAGAGCAAACUUCUCUGACCUACAAAGAAAACGUUGCUAAAUCAUCUGUUUCACCUGUUUGAACGUCUACCUGUUUUCAAAGGUUAUUUCUUGACAUGUUCAGAACUCUGAACAGAGUUUUAGCGUGAUUUUAUCUGAUUAACGACCGCUUUGUAACUGCAUCGGUACAUUAUAUUGUAAUAAACAAUUCAAUCAAACUGUCUUUGGAGGCUUUCUUUUCAAACAUGAAGUUAAUAAAACACUGUCAGCUCUCUCUACAGGAUGAAGAAGUAAUUUCAGAUCGGACCCUGAACACC